AUGUGUGAUGCAUCCAACACCUGUGUCGGCGCAGCCUUACAGCAGUACAUACAAGGAAGAUGGCAACCACUUGGAUUUUUUUCGAAAAAGCUGAACGACGCUCAAAAGAAAUAUAGCACAUACGAUCGAGAACUAAUAGCUAUUUACCUAGCUAUACGUCACUUCCGAAGAAUGUUCGAGGGCAAGGAAAUCACCGUGUUCACUGACCACAAACCUCUCACAUUUGCACUCCUGAGAAAUAACAGCAAAACAGAGACUCCUAUGCGAACUAGAUAUCUACAUUACAUCAGCCAGUUCACGUCAAAGAUUCUACACAUCGAGGGAAAAGACAACGUCGUUGCCGACGCCCUAUCAAGAAUCGACACAAUUACUUCACCGUCACCGAUCGACUAUGACGAGCUGGCAAGACAACAACAAGUUGACACCGAAAUCAAAGAAGUCAUACUACUCGACGACUGGCUCGGGAGGAAGCACGGCUCCCUGUCGUUUAGGGUGACGCAGGUGCUGUCGGGGCACGGCUGCUUCGGCAAGUACCUGUGCCGCAUAGAGAGGGAGCCGGACGCCCGGUGCCACCACUGCGUCCAUUGCGGGGAGGACACGGCGCAACACACGCUCGCCGAGUGUGUAGCUUGGGAGGAGCAGCGCCGUGUCCUCAGAAAUGAAGUAGGAAGCGAUCUGUCGCUGCCGGCCGUAGUGCGGAAGAUGGUGGACAGCGCAGAGUCGUGGGACGCGGUGGUGUCUUUCUGCGAGGAUGUGAUGUCGCAGAAGGAAACUGCGGAACGGGAGAGGGAGAUCUUACUGACUUCCUUUCCCAACCGCAGAAGGCGCACCGGGCGUAGGAGAAGGGCCGACAACGCCCUCUUCCGGCCCCCAUGA